AUGGCAACGAGUACUCAUUCAAAUCCUGUAUAUUAUUCAUUAUCAUCAAUACCACCAACAGGUCAAAAGUCAACAACACGAACAGUUGUUUUAGAGAGAGGUCCAGAACAUAAUGGUUUCGGAUUAUAUCUUGCUGAAGAUGUACCUACAGGACUUUAUGUAGUUACGGUCGAACGUAAUUCACCCGCAGCUAAUGCUAAUAUACAACCAGGUGAUCGUGUUCUAGCUGUUAAUGGACAAUUAGUAUCAUCGAUGACUGAAAAUCCGAAGGAUAUGGUUGUAAAAGCAGCAGUUAAUUCUCAAAGUUUUACACUUACAGUUCAAUCAACAGAUAUAUUUAAAACAAUUGAUAUGCCAUUAGCAAGUAGUUUUUUAGAAAAUAAUAAUAAUAAUACUAUUAAGCAUCUUUAUGAAAAUAAUCUCAAUAAACCACAACGUCCAGAAAAACGAACUAUUAAUGCUACUUUGGAUCUUGAAAGUUAUCUAAAAUCACUUUUUGCCAAUGAAAAUAUUCAAAUAUCACCAUCGGCAACUAAUAAUAAUGAAUUUCUUUUAACAUCAAAUCGACAUUCAGCAUCUUCAAAAGAUUCUCAUUCACUUCCAUCUCGUCAUUUGAAUACAGAUAAUUAUAAACAAGAAUCUCAUCGUCCUCAUCAUCAUCAUCAUCAUCGUCGUCGCCGUCAGCAUCAUCCAAAACAACCGGUUCUUGUAACAAAAGAAACUCAAACAUCAGCUAAUGAAGAUGAAGAUGAAGAUGAUAAUAUACAACAAUCAUCACAUAGUUCCGGAUUUCGACAAUAUCCAUCACACCCAACUAUGGGUACAUCACAACGUAUAUUACGUACACAUGCAUCAAAUGGAUCACCUGAAUCAAAACCUUCAUCAAGUAAAAAAAUACCACAAUUAGCUGCUAAAUUAUCAUCUCCAUCGUCAGAUGAUACAAUUCAUGAUGCAUUACAGAAAUCUCCUUCCAAAUCUCAGCAUAUGGCUGAUAUUGUUGGAGCUGCUAUAGCUGCUGAACGGAAUCGAGGAAAACCUACUUCUCAUGAUGCUAAUAUUCAUGAACAAACUUCAUCUCCUGAACCAACUCCUGUUAGUGAGCCAAAUGCUGUAUUCUCACAAGAACAAAAUCCACCUCCUCCAUACACAGAAACAGCAGAUCCAGAGAUACCAAUAAACGAUCAAGGAAAUGAUGAUGGAGAAAGUUACAAUGUACGUAAUGCUCAAGAAGAUCGAGAACCAGAACCACCAGCUGAGCCUACUUUUGUUGCAACACCAGCAGACCGUGGUGAAGGUUUACAUGAAAUACAUUUACAUCGUUCUCCAGAUUUUCAAGGUUUUGGUUUUCAUUUACAAUUCAAUAAACUUUAUUAUCUUGUUCAUCGUGUCGAAGAAGGUAGUCCAGCUGAUGUUGGUGGACUUCGUGGAAAUGAUGUUAUACUUAAAAUAAAUGAUCAAACAACAGACAAAAUGACUCAUGCCGUAUUUGUGCAAAUUGUUAAUGCGAGUACCGAAGUUGUCUUUAUUGUUCAACAUAUUGAUGCAUAUAUACGUUCUAAUCCUGUACCACCACGUAAUCCAGAAGUAGCAUCAGCGGUUUCUACAGCUAUUACUGAAGAAAAUGAGAAACGUAAAAGUGGUGGUCUCUCUAAAGCAUUGAACAAAUUAGCUAGCCGUUAA